CUAAUUUGAGUACAAAAGUAACAAUUUUUUGUAAUAAAGUUUUGUGUAAAAGUGUUUGUUACCCAUCCUUUUUUUAAUGGUUUGAUUUCCCAAAGAAAUUUUUAAAAAAUAUUUUAAUAAAAUGGAUUUUCAAAGUGCUAUGGAAACAUUUGCAGAAGCUUGGGUUGCUGCUAAUGCUGGACAACAGACACAAGCUCUUGCUCUUACUCGAUCAAAAUCACCUGGUACAGUUACAGUGCCCCCAUUAUUGCAUUUGAAAAAGGAGCGUUCUGUUACUCCGCCACUAACUCCACCACCUUCACAUCAACAAGUAAAUUUAAGAGAAUCUCUUUCAUCUGACAAAAAUUUCUCUGUUUCAUCGAUGAAUCAAGAUGAUCUAUCUUCCAGUCCAAAACCAUUUAAUAGUAGUAGCAAUAUUGAAAAUAAAAGAAUGUCAAAUAUAGCAAGUACCACAAAUAACAAUAAUAUAAAUGCUAACACAAGUGAAAAUAAUUUGAGAUCUUCAAAUCAAAAUUCACCAAUUCGAAAUUGUAACACAGAUAAUAUGACAAAUAAUCUAGUUAAUUGUACUCAAACUCCUAUCCAAAGAUCGUCAGAAAUAAGUCAACAGCAACAGCAACCACAACAACAGCAUCAACAUUUGCAACAACAUAAUAUUUUACAACAUCACCAUCAACAACAUCAUCAUUUUCAGCAACAUCAUCAAGAGCAAUUGCAGCAACAACAAUCCAAUCCUUUUCAAAAUCGUAAUUUAGCUACAACACCUAAAGUUAGUACACCGUUGUCAGUAAUAGAAAAUGGUUUGCCUACUGUUGGACAUCCUACGUUAAUUCCAUCUGUUGGAAAUAGUUUAAGUACUGAUAAAAUAAUGCCAUCAACAGUAUCUGCAGCUUCAACUAAUAUUGAUAGAAGAGAUUUUGAUUUAACUAAAGUUAAUGCAAAAUCGUUACCUCUUCAUUGUAUUGUUGAAUCAGUACCAUCAUUACAAGCAUCACUUGCAAUCGAUCAACGUAAUAUAUGGAAACGCCGACCAAAUAUUGAAACGGAUAGUUAUGUUAUAAUUGCUGCUUCAACACCUUGGUCAGACAUUGUUAGUACAGCAUUACAAAGGCUGGGUUAUUCAAUAGAUAUUUCAAGCACAGCAAGAGGCUCAUUAAUAAUUAAGAAUUGGAAACCUAUACCAUUGGAAAAUAUAUCUGAUAAUCCAAUAGUACCAGUUAGUGAUAUUUUGGGUGAAUUAACAUCUGUCGUUACAUUACGUAUUGUUAUAUUAAGAAGUAAACCAUCAACAUAUAAUGAAAUCAAAGAUAAAUUAUUGAAAUUAUUAGUAUUACAAUCCCAUGCAGUAUUAAGAUCAACUGGUUGCCCAUUAGAUGAGAGUAUGCUGUCACAAAUAUGCCGAAGCUCAUAUCAAAAUUCAUUUUCGUACAAUGGUGACAUACCCGACGAAUUGAGGCGAAAAUUUGAUCAGUGGUGGAGUAAUCAAUUAUCACCACAUUCACCAAUUCCCACGCCAAAAAUACUGCCAUUUAUGACAGGACAAUCAAAUGAUAUUGAUUUUCCAACACCAGGGCAUGUAGCCGCGGCUGCAGCUGCAGCGGCUGUGGCUGCGGCUGGUGCCGCAAAUUCAACACACAGUACUUUACAUAAUAAUCGUGAACAAUUAUUAGCCGCAGCAGCAGCUGCAGAAAGUCAUCAUUCAACUCAUCAUCCUGCAAUGAUGGUACAUCCUGCAUUACAUUCAAUGCAUCAUUCACAAUACCCAAAUUCAGCAGCUAAUCAAAAAACAAGAAUGCGCACCAGUUUUGAUCCUGAAAUGGAACUACCGAAACUUCAACGUUGGUUUCAAGAAAAUCCUCACCCUUCUCGCCAACAAAUACAAUCGUAUGUUAUUCAAUUAAAUUCAUUAGAUUCAAGACGUGGGAGAAAACCACUUGAUGUUAAUAAUGUUGUUUAUUGGUUCAAAAAUGCCAGAGCUGCUCAAAAACGCUCCGAAAUACGUUUACAUGGUAUUGGUAAUGGCUAUUUAAAACACGAUGGUCACACUAACACUAAUGGUUCCGGCAAUUUAAGUAACAGUCGACAAAGUACAGAAAAUAUGUUAUUAGGAGGACAUUCGAAUUAUCUGAAAAGUUCGCCAAAUAUGAAAUUUGACGAUAUUGAUAAUAUAUCACAACAUUCAGAUGACGAUGAUGACAUUGAAGAAGAUGAUUGUACAAGUAGUAGUCGUCCGAAUUCGCCACCGCAACAUUUACCGCUGUCGUUGACAAUGCAUGAAAGAAAUCGUGAUUCGUUGAGUUCCAAUCCUUCUCAUGAAAAUAUUACCAUCAAAAGUGAAAUAAUUAAUGGAGAAAUUGGUAGCGAAUUGAGUAGUAGCAACAACAACGAUAUAAACGGCAAUAAUAAUAGCGGAAAUAAUAGUAGCAGUAAUAAUAACAAUUUAAGUGAACCUAACAACCAAAGCAAUGAUAAAAAUGUUAAUAACAGUGAACGAAUUUCAAGCGAUAGAAACAAUAUUCCGGAAAAGAACACAAAUGGUGAUCGAAACUCCGAACGUUCUUCACCAAAUGAUCAACGAGAUAAUAAUGAUCGGAAUAGCUUAAAUAGUCAUUCAAAUGUUAAUGAUAACAUUCACAAUAAUAGUAUGAAAAGUAAUAAUAACAACAACAAUAAUAACGGUAAUAAUAGUAAUAUAAAUAGCAGCAAUGACAUUGAACAACAAUCAAAUGAAUCACCGAAAAAUUCUCUAAAGUCAGAAGAAGAUUUAGAUAUGGAAGAUGAUAAUGAUAUUAGUCAAAUGGAUGACGGAUUUCGUUCACCAUCACCUGAUCCAAGACGUGACCUAGCAUUUCCAAUGGUACCAAAUCCAAUGUUAUCUCAUUCGUUCAUGUAUAUGAGUCAUUAUAUGCCAAGUAUGGGUGCUGGUCACCAUCAACCUGGUGCACCUGGACAUGUUUCACAUUCAGCAGCAGCUGCAGCAGCCGCUGGUCUCGGUUCUUUAGGUUUAGGUGGCCCAAAUGGAGCUGGUAUAAUAGGUAGUGGCAAUGCUAGUGGUUUAAAUUUAUCAAAUUUAUCAAAUGAAGAAAGGAGAAAACGAAAUCGAACAUUUAUAGAUCCGGUUACAGAAGUUCCGAAAUUAGAACAAUGGUUUGCAUUAAAUACACAUCCAUCACAUAAUCAAAUUUUAAAGUACACUGAAGAUUUAAAUCAAAUGCCUUAUCGGCAAAAAUUUCCUCGAUUGGAAAGUAAAAAUGUUCAAUUUUGGUUUAAAAAUCGACGAGCAAAAUGUAAACGUUUAAAAAUGUCACUAUAUGAUUCACCACAAUGUUCACAAUUAUCACAAUUAUCUAGUUUAGGUGGAUUUGGGCAUAAUCUAAAAUUCGAUGAUCGUGAUAGCAUGACGGCACAUAGUAUGAAAUAUGAUGAUAGAGAUAGAAUGGAAUGAAAAUUAAGGAAAUUUUUUUCAAUACAAUAUUGAAAAAAAACUUUAUGUAUUUAAUAUUAAAAAAAAAACACGAUAAAAAUAAAUAAAGCAAAUAUUAAAUUUAGUAAAAUUAGCUAUAAUCAAAGAAAAUAAUAAAUUAAUUAUGUAUUAAAAUUAAAUCCCAGUGACUGUAAAAUUCUGAAAAGAAAAUAAUAGAUAUUCUGAAAUUUUAUAUACUUACAUACCUAUAUUAAUACGUAUAUGCAGCAAUAAUUGGAAAUUUUAAUCUUGAAAAUAGAAAAACUGAAAAUAUUCGCCAAAAAAAUGGAAUUCAGAAAAAUAAAUUUUUUAUGUAUGCAUUUUUCAAUUAUUAAAAAACAUUUUCCUAAAAUUUU